AAGUGGCUAGACCAGACAAGGCGACGUCAUGACGUCACCCUUGCCUCCGGCUGCCCUCUCGCCCCUCGUGGCAAAGCGAGACGCCAGAGGCCAACUCGGCCAGUCGCGAGUCGGAGAGAGGAAAAGGAAGUUAGCUUGCUCGCUUCGGCACGCCUCUCGCGAACGUGGUGGUAUUCGUCGAGGGAGUCACAGUCACUUGCGCGGGCACGCCACACCGUCCGGAUUGGAUCGACGCUGUCGUGGCACUGCAGCGGAACCAACCUUACUGGAUAAUCCAGGCGCGCGCAUCUCCAGCCGUAACUCUGCUGCGAACGGUACCACAUCUAUCUCGCUCCGAGUGAGAUCAAGCCCGGCGUGUAAGACGUCCCAGUCGUCAGCAGCGCUGCCAACGGUGAACAAGAUGAGCGGCAAGACAGUGUUCGUGACGGGCGCAGCUGGCUUCAUCGGCAGCCACACGGUCAUCGAGCUACUGCGGGCCGGCUACAGGGUCAUUGGAAUCGACAACUUCGCAAACGCUGUUCCAGGCGAGAAUGGACAAGCGGCCAGCCUGGAGCGGGCACAAGAGCUGACGGGAAGAACAAUGACGUUUUACCAGUGCGACCUCCUCGAGAAAGCGUCCUUGGCAAGGAUAUUCGAUAAGCACAAGAUCGACUUCGUCAUCCAUUUCGCUGCCAUGAAAGCUGUGGGCGAGUCCAUGCAGAAGCCACUCUUUUACUACAAGAACAACAUCGUCAGCACCAUCAAUCUGCUUGAGGUCAUGAAGGAGCAUGGUGUCUACAGCAUGGUGUUCAGCAGUUCUUGCGUGGUAUAUGGCAACCCACAGUACCUGCCUAUCGAUGAGGCACACCCUAUUGGCAAUGUGACAAAUGUGUAUGGCAGAACCAAGUAUGCCAUUGAACAAAUGCUUGAAGACAUCUGCAAAGCUGAGAAGCAAUGGAACAUCAUCGCUCUGCGUUACUUCAACCCUCUUGGUGCUCACCCAUCAGGAAAGAUAGGUGAAGACCCAAUCAGAGCUUUCACCAACUUGAUGCCAGUCAUUGGGGAGGUUGCACUUGGAAAGCGAACAGAGCUGGCUGUCCUCGGUGGUGACUACGACACUGAAGACGGAACAAGUGUGCGAGAUUUUAUACACGUCAUGGACCUUGCUACUGGACAUGUUGCAGCCUUGGAAAGAUUGGAGCAGAAUCCUAGAUACAAGGUUUACAACCUUGGCACUGGCAAAGGGUACACUGUGCUACAGCUCAUUGAUGCCUUUGAAAAGGUUACAGGAAAGAAGAUUCCCUACAAGAUCCAUGACCGCCGCCUUGGCGACAUACCAGCAAUCUGGGGUGACUGCAGCCUUGCGGAAAAGGAACUGCACUGGAAAGCACAGCAUGGCAUUGAGCGCAUGUGUGAGGAUUUCUGGAGGUGGCUGACAACCAAUCCUGCUGGAUAUCGCACAGACAACCCACAUCCAAGCCUAAAGAUUAACACCACUGAAAUCGGGUGUGGAGACCCUGCAUUGGCACCGGAGCUUGACUGCGACAAGUAACGGCAAACAAGUGUAAAGCUGGAGAGGCCAAAGGCUUUCAGUAUUUAUACUUCUGCUGUGCAUUAUUUCAUUAGGUCUUGGUAGUCACAAGUGCAAGCCUGCAGGUCAGGUAAUUUUCAUACUGGGUCACCUUUCUUUCAUUCUUUCCGGCAAUAAAAAUGAAAUC